UCACACUAACUUUACAAACUAAACUGAAAGCUAGUGAGCAUUGUAGGAAGAUACUCAUCGAUCAAAAUGUUGAAGCUUUUGGUUAGUAGAGCAGCUAGGGUUUCGACUUCGCGCAACCACAACGGUUUUGCUGCAUUCACUUUCUCUAGAUGUGUUCAUUCAUUGCAAUUUGCAACUGUAGAAGCAGAAGAGAUAUCGGGUUCUAAGCCUGCUGAAGUUUUGAAUCUGGUGCAAGGUAAAUGGGUAGGGUCUUCAAAGUGGAAUACAAUUGUAGAUCCCCUAAAUGGAGACUCAUUUAUUAAUAUUGCUGAAGUUGACGAAACAGGCAUUCAGCCCUUUGUGGAAAGCUUGUCCAGCUGUCCCAAGCAUGGUGUACACAAUCCUUUUAAGGCACCAGAGCGAUAUCUCAUGUAUGGAGAUAUAUCUACUAAGGCAGCUCACAUGCUAUCUCUUCCUAAGGUUUCAGAUUUUUUCACAAGGUUAAUUCAAAGAGUUUCUCCAAAGAGCUACCAGCAGGCUUUUGGGGAAGUGUACGUGACACAAAAGUUUCUAGAGAACUUUUGCGGGGAUCAGGUUCGUUUCCUAGCAAGGUCUUUUGGCGUACCUGGAAAUCAUCUUGGGCAGCAAAGUCAUGGUUUUCGUUGGCCAUAUGGUCCUGUGGCAAUUAUUACUCCUUUUAAUUUUCCCUUAGAGAUUCCUGUUCUUCAAUUGAUGGGUGCACUUUAUAUGGGCAACAAACCAGUCCUUAAAGUUGAUAGCAAGGUGAGCAUUGUCAUGGAACAAAUGUUGCGCCUGCUUCAUUCUUGUGGCUUACCUGUGGAAGAUGUUGACUUCAUAAAUUCAGAUGGGAAGACAAUGAACAAGCUGUUGCUGGAGGCAAAUCCACGAAUGACCCUUUUUACUGGUAGUUCAAGAGUGGCUGAAAAGUUGGCGGUUGAUUUGAAGGGCCGUGUUAAAUUGGAAGAUGCUGGAUUUGACUGGAAAAUACUGGGUCCUGAUGUCCAUCAGGAAGAUUACAUUGCGUGGGUAUGUGAUCAAGAUGCAUAUGCGUGCAGUGGUCAGAAAUGCUCGGCUCAGUCAUUAUUAUUUAUGCAUGAGAACUGGUCUAAAACUUCGUUGCUAUCAAAGUUGAAAGAUCUUGCAGAAAGAAGAAAGCUGACAGACUUGACAAUCGGCCCAGUCCUCACAGUUACUACUGAUUCAAUGCUUGAACAUGUCAAUAAAUUGCUUGAGAUACCCGGAUCAAAGCUGCUUUUCGGAGGUCGACCUUUGGAGGAUCAUUCAAUUCCGUCUAUUUAUGGUGCGAUUAAACCAACAGCUGUUUAUGUUCCUCUUGAAGAAAUUAUGAAAGAUAAGAAUUUUGAGCUUGUGACAAAAGAAAUAUUUGGACCGUUUCAGGUUAUUACUGAUUACAAAAAUAGCGAACUAUCAGUUGUAUUGGAUGCUUUGGAAAGAAUGCAUAACCAUUUAACGGCUGCUGUAGUUUCAAACGAUCCUUUAUUUUUGCAGGAAGUUAUUGGGAAGUCGGUAAAUGGUACUACUUAUGCUGGUUUAAGAGCAAGGACUACCGGAGCACCACAGAAUCACUGGUUUGGACCCGCCGGUGAUGCAAGAGGCGCGGGAAUUGGAACACCAGAGGCCAUAAAACUUGUAUGGUCUUGUCACAGAGAAGUUAUCUAUGAUUAUGGGCCGGUGCCAAAGAAUUGGGAAAUUCCUCCAUCCACUUGAAAACAGAUUCCUAUGAUAAGAAUAAUAAAAGGAGGAAUGCAAGGGUCCUAUUUCUGACAGAAACAUUGAGAUUAGGAUUGUAAAUGGGUAGGUUAUGUUGUGUGACCCGCACUACAUUUUUAGAUUUUUAAAUAAGUUUAUGGAAAUCGAGUUUUGAUUAGGCUUUUUUAAUUAUAUUGAUUGAGGUUCUGACAUGAUAAAAUGGAAGGAACUUUCGUUGAUGCCAAACAGACUAGAAUAAAUCAUGAACAAUCUAAAUUUAAAGAAUUGGAUAGGUACUUCUUUUGCACAA